AACAUGGUUUUUGCACGUAACUUCUUUUCUCGUCAGGCGCGCUGAGGGCAGCCUUCGCCAGCCAGGCUUAUUGAUGUCAGCGAGUCGGACAGAAGGGAGGGAGAGACACACACAUAAGCACGCACACACACACAGACAGAGGGAGAGGGAGUGAGGUCACUUGUGUGAACUUCUAAUGACAGCUGAUCAGUGACUGUCGUAGAAUAGCCCCACGCCGCAGAAACAUAUUCAUUAUAUAUAUCAAGCAGGGAGACUCGAUUCACUGAAAAUCAGCUAACGGUGAGCUACGCAGCAGCCAGACACGCGAUCAUCCGGUGUGUCUACAACAGCGCAAGUCAGAGAGGCAUAUGCCUGUUUUGGGUGAAGAAGAAAAAAGUGCAAUGCAGAGAAAAAAAUACUGCAAGCUGGAAGUUUAACUGCCAAGCAGAAUCUAAAUCGCAGGCGUCACACAGGACAACUUCAUUCCGAGAAUACGUGCGCAUCGGCUUGCACCGGCAGUCCAAUGAGCCAUGGAAUCUGGUACACUGGUGCGAGCUGUGUUUGAUUUUCGUCCCAGCGUCCCUGAGGAGCUGCCUCUCUUCACUGGGGACAUCAUCGAGGUCCUUGGCAUAGUGGAUGAAUUCUGGCUGCUGGGCAACAAAGAUGGCGUUUCAGGUCAAUUUCCAAGUACCUUUGUGGAAGUUGUCACCAUUCCAAAAGUAAAACGAGGAGAAAAAUUGUAUGUCUGCAUCAGCAAUUUUAACGCCCUAAACACUGGCAACCUUUGCAUUAAAAUAGGUGACAUUAUUGUUGGAGAGAAUUCUGUGGAUGCCAACUGGUUGAAAGGCAGGAAUGGCCUGGGAUCUAAAGGAAUCUUUCCAGUAUCUUGUGUUAAAGAGUUGCACCUCUCUUCUAAGUCACGCAGCCUUUCAAAGAAGUCAGCAUCUUGCCUUCCAAAUUAUGCUUUGGGCCAGGCUCAGGCCUUGAUGAGCCUCACUGCUCAGUUGGAGGAGGAGCUGGAUUUUGUGGAAGGGGACAUCAUCACCAUUAUUGAUAUCCCUGAGCCAGGGUGGUAUAAGGGAGAGCUUGAUGGGAGGAGAGGUAUCUUUCCUGAGGGAUUUGUUGAGCUUUUGGGCCCUUUGCAAGUAGCAGAGGACCAGGUGUUUCAAGAUGACUGUGAAAUUCAAGAAACCAGUAAUGAAGAAAUUAAGUCUUUGGAUUCAGAUGAUGAUGCCAGAAUAUAUGGAAUUGCUUUGCAUCAGUUUAAGGCCAUAGAAGAAGGAGAGCUAGAUUUUGAUGUUGGUGAAAGAAUAUGCAUUAUAAAAACAUUAGAAGAUGGCUGGUUAGAAGGAAUUGUCAAUGGCAGAAAGGGAAAAUUCCCACACAGGUUUGUCAAGUUUGAAAAUCAAGCUUUUGGACAGGAAACGGAAGACUCAUUGUCCAAGAGUGAGGCAAUUGUUCCCAACAAAAAAGAAUCUGAGUACAGCUUGUAUAACAGUUAUGAUGAUGUGAUUUACUGGCAUCAUCAGGACAAUGGAUUAUUGGAUCUUGAUUAUUUGCAAUCAAACAGAGAAACCAGUUCAGACAUUUUGUACUCAGUAAAAACUGAAGAGGAAAUGUCCUCUUCUUGCAAACUCCUAACCCAGGAGAGCUGCAGAUUGAUUAGUACAGAAAGAAAAAUCCAGGAAAAGAAGAGUACAAAUUCAGUACAAGUAGACCCUCAUGAAAGAAGUGCUGGGACAACUUCAAUAUCGACAAAACCUGUCCUUCCUCAAAGACCUAGUCGUCAUUGUCUGAAUAGCAAAUUAUACAACAACAUACCUAAAGUAAGUAAAGAUGACAGUGCAGAAGUGCCCCCGGCACCAGCAGUUAGAACACUGAGCUUAAGAACAAGACAUGUGAAUAGAAACUCUGAUUUUAAUUUACAAAGUCAACAUUUCAGUAGGACACAAGGACGGAUACAGUCAGAAGAGCUUGUCAAAAAUGGAAAUAUUAAUGUGUUACAUGAUUUGGCCAACUGGAUGGAAGAGCAGAAGCAAAAAAGAAGUCCCACAAAUGUUUGUGGUAAGGAUUAUAAUUUCUUAUCGGAUUGCAAAAGCAUACCAGCCAUCCACUGUCAAAAAAGUGAAUCAAAUGGCUUAGGUGGCUUGGUAGGAUUAGACACUUCGGGGUCUGACUUGGAUUUGAAGUUGUGUGAACAGCUGGCUGAAUUUGAAAAAAGUUCACCAGGUUCUAGAGGGAGAGAACCAAAGAAAAUAUCCAGACAUUUUUCCAUCAUGGACUACAGAAGUGAAAAUGAUAUUAUGAGAGGAUCAUCCAAUUCUUUGAACCAGCCAGAAGCGGCCUCCUCACCAGAGAGAAGAAGAGCAUUAAGACCCCCUCCACCUAGACCCAGGACACCUAAGUCACAAAGUUCUUUGAAUGUGCUAGCUAAUUUAGAGGAAAGUCUUCCAGUUGCUUCUUAUGAAAACUCACCAGCUCGCUCUUUCCCAUUCAAACCUUCUCGACCUGCUCCACUACCCCCACCAGCAUCCUUCAAAAGAAAUUCAGAGUCCCCCAAGCCUCCACAGCAUAUCGAUACCAAUGAAAACUCCUUUUCCCCACAGCAACAUUAUGGCAGUGAGGAUGUUGCCACUGAAGGAAGACUGCAGAUUGCCAGUGAUAGUGACCUAACAGAAACUGAUCACGACCACUAUUCUUUACAGUUAAGACUACAGGAGAUUGAGAAAGACAUUGAAAUCUACACAAAGACCAAAGAAGAGCUUCAAUUGAUGCUUGAGGAAUCAGAAAGUGAAACUGUCAAGGAGCAAACUUUGGAAAACUUGGAGUUUUGCAGCUAUAACAUUGAAGCGCUAACACUGGAAUUAGAGCAGCUCACAGCAGAGAUGACUCUCCUUUCAAGUCACCCAGCCUCCAUAGAGUCGGCAUCUGCUUCGACCAACUCGGAAAGUCCCGAGCUCAGAAUGAUGGAAAAGCGUUCAAAGGUUAUUGAGGAACUCCUGCAGACAGAGAAAGAUUACAUAAAAGAUCUGCAAAUGUGUGUCAAGGAAAUAAUGCAGCCCCUCCAAAGAAAACAGGUACAGAAUAUAGAUUAUGACGGGCUCUUUGGUAACAUUCAGAUGGUGAUUGAUCUCUCAAAGCGCCUGUUCAAAGAUCUGCAAGAAACUGAUCUUAUAGGAAAUGUUUUUCUAAAGUACAAGACUGACCUGGAAGAUGUAUAUAAAAUCUAUUGUCAGAAUCACGAUGACGCAAUUGCCCUGCUUGAGGGAUAUGAGAAAGACGAGAUGAUCCAGAAGCAUGUGCAGGAGUGCCUGGAGACAUUAAGGACAGUUUAUCGUGAGUGGGGGAAGACAAAUUAUAUAAACUUGGGGUCUUUCUUAAUCAAGCCUGUGCAGAGAGUAAUGCGCUACCCAUUGCUGCUGAUGGAGCUACUAAACACCACGCCAGAAUCCCACCAAGAUAAAAAGCUACUUAUUGAAGCUGUGACUGCCGUGAAGGAGAUGAAUGUUAACAUUAAUGAGCACAAGCGCAGGAAGGAUCUGGUUGUCAAGUACAGAAAAGGUGAUGAAGAUACACUGAUCGAUAAGAUUUCCAAACUGAGCAUGCACUCUAUUAUUAAAAAGUCCAACCGUGUAAGCAGUCAUCUGAAGCACCUUACUGGUUUCUCUCCUCAGAUUAAAGAUGAAGCUUUCGAUGAAGCUGAGAAGAUAUUCCGAAUGCAGGAAAAACUAAUCAAAUCUUUCAUUAGGGAUAUCUCCCUGUACCUGCAGCAUAUAAGAGAAUCUGCAUCUGUGAAGGUGCUGGCGGCUAUCAGCUUCUGUGACAUUUAUUCUGACAGGACGCAGGUGGACCUUGAAAGCUUUCAGAAAGCACAUCGUUGUAUCAAUGAUGAACGCUUUGCUAAUUUUAAAGAAAGAACAGAAAAUCUGGUGAUUAUGCCACUAAACCAGUUGCUUACCAUGUUUGCCGGACCAUACAAGCUUAUCCAGAAGCGCUUUGAUAAACUGUUGGACUACAAUAAUUGCAAAGAGAGGGCUGAAAAGAUGAAGGACAAAAAGACACUGGAGGAGCUGCAGUCUGCUCGCAAUAACUAUGAAGCUUUAAAUGCUCAGCUCCUUGAUGAGCUUCCAAAGUUUCAUCGUUGUGCAAAGGACCUCUUUACAAACUGUGUUCGAAACUUUGCUGAAGCACAAAAGGAGUUUGUCCGGCUCACUUUGGGUGAAUUAAAACCUCUGUUGCAGUUUUCCAGAGUGAUCAACACAGAGGGUAACCUUGUUGCACUUUUUCAAGAGGAACACAACCGCAUUCUCCGUAACCUGCAGUGCUUCAGCUUUUUCCCAGAAAGUCUUCCUAAUGCAAAGAAACCAUUUGAGAGAAAGAGCAUGGAGCGUCAGUCUUCACGAAAACAACUAGUGGGGCCUCCCAACUAUAUGAUGCAGACAGAUGAGCAGCGUGCAGCGUUAUUAUCCAGAUACCCGCCUGAAAAACUUUACCAAGCUGAGAGGAAUUUUAACGCUGCUCAGGACUUGGAUGUAUCUGUACUGGAAGGAGAUAUUGUUGGAGUUAUUAAGCAGCAGGAUCCAAUGGGAAGCCAGAAUCGAUGGCUUAUAGACAACGGAGUCACAAAAGGCUUUGUGUACAGCUCCUUCCUAAAGCCUUACAAUCCUCGAAGAAGCCAGUCAGAUGUCUCCAUAGGCAGCCAUUCUUCCAAUGAAUCCGGAUAUGGAGGUUCCUCACCAGUCUUCUCCCGUCAGAAUAGUAACAACACAUUAACUUUCAAUGCAGAUGGCGUGUCAGUGGCAUUUUCCACACUGCCAUCUCAGAAAUCUUCUCAAGAUUCUGGUGCACUACGGGAUUCCAACUCCUCCCUUUCAUGUUCCUCCAGAGAAGGAUAUUAUUCUAAGCGAGCCCCUAAUACAGACACCACAGCAGCACAACACACAUUCUCUAAUCACCAGGACCUGUCCGACUCAGCCUCUGAAACAGACUAUGGUUGCUCACAGAGGAAUAUCCAUAGUGAUCUUGCACAAAGGAGCACGGAGAUGGAUGACUUCAGCGAGACUGGUAUGACUUUUGGCUCUGUGAUGAAAAGAAAUGGAGACUGUGGGCUUACAUAUCGGAGAUCAGCCUCUGUGCCAGCAGACAGCAUUCUUGAAGAGAUGCCCCAGUCAGAUGGGAACCAGAUUUAUUACGCAUUGUAUUCUUUCAAUGCCCGCUGUGCUAAUGAGUUGACAAUAUCUGCUCAUCAACGAGUAAAAAUCCUGGAAUUCCAUGACAUGAAUGGUAACAAGGAAUGGUGGCUUGGAGAAGUGGAAGGCAGGAGGGGCUAUGUGCCUUCAAACUACAUUAGGAAGACGGAGUACACCUGAGGCGUACUACAUGAAGAGCCGAGGAACACGUUACACGCAUGCAUCUCGAUAACGGGUGCCUUAUUCAGCAGGGGAGUCGGCGAGAUUGUGUUUAAUAAAAGUAAAAAUGCUUCCAUCGACCUGUCAUGCUGCUAAGCUUGUACAUAAAAAUGUAUUGAUGUCUUUAUAUUUCCCCACGUUCAUAAGUGCUACCUACAUUUUAUUAUCAAUAAUGGAACACUUCCAAAACUGCGUUCAUUGGAAAUAAAAAAACAUUUUUAGGCUCCUUCUAACUGUUCCUCAGCCUUUUUAAACUUAAAAAAAUCAGUGAAAAGUUACAAAUAUUCAUUUUGGAAAGUAUCUGAUUUUCCUCCCAUUGACGCAGUGUUCAAAGCUUUUGAAUACAGGACACUGUGACUGAAAGUUGUCUUUUUUUUCUUAGAAUUAAUAAAAGGUGGCAAUCCAAGCACUUGUUAUUCACUGACGUGGAAUUUGGGGAUAUACUGAUGGACAAUGUUGCACAUUAAGAAACUCGUUUGAUUAACAGUGUUUUUCUAUGAGAAAUUCCAAAAAAAAAAAGGGAAACCUCAUCGAUCAAAAAAAAAAAGAGCACUCUGGAUUUGUGGUGUAUUUGCAAUGAUCUCUUUAUAUUACUGUAAUUCUUUGCUGUUUCUUGUUUUUAAUCAGAGUUGACCACAAGGCAGGGUUACAUGGUUGACCAUCUCAUGUAAGGGCUGAGAUUGCAAAGGGAGUACAAUAGGAGCAGGUGAAACUUCAGAACAUCCAGAAACACACAAUCAGGAAACAGGUUUGCUACAGAAAGCAACAGGUUCAUCUGUCGGGGUCAUGAAAUUAGAGUUAUUAUUCCUACUAUGAAAUGCACAGGUAAUUUACUUAUUUUUUGAAAGUUUCUUUUUAAGUAAGUAUAUGGAAGAUAAGAUCUACAUUUCAGGUGGUGACCUGAAAUGCAGAUACGCAAUAAAAUAAAACUGAUUUGUUUGCACAAAAUUAAAAAAAAGAUGUUGUGUUUUCAUUAAAAUGAGUGAGAAAAGAAUAGCAAAGCACGAUGUAAGCUGUCCAGUUAGGUGGCCUAAGCUGACGUGAUGUAUAAGUUUCGAAUACAUUUUACCAGAGCAUAGAGCAGUUUGGCCAUAGCCUGUCAGUGUUAUUAGGACUUGCACUGUACUUUGCACGCUGUGCAUUCCAGUCCCCGGCCUUCCUCUUUCUUUUAUUUGAAAUAUCUCCAGCCAUCUUCAUCUAGAGGUGCUAAACUUCUCGAAAGACAGUGUGCUUGAUUAAGAUAAUGUGUUUACACAUCUCCGGCAGGUACACGUGUCAGGUGUACAGGUCUGAA